AUGCCGACGGAUACGAACGGUGUCCAUUUUUUUACUCCCGCUGCUGAGCAUAGCGAUGAAGAAGCGCACGCAGCAGCAUCCCCAAGUUCUGAAUCAGGACGUCCAAAUCCAUUGGACAACAUUCGUGACUACGGAAUGACAACCGCCUGGCUCUGUGAAAGAAAUCCAGAAAAAGCCAUUUAUCACUUCUCAACCAGCGAAAAGUCCAGAGGUGGUGAGAGUGAAUUUUGUAGCGAACGACAGUACUCCAAACCCACUGUUCCGGAUCCCCCAAAUAUUCAACCAACCAAUGUGAAAUCCACUGAUGGAUCUCCAUUAUUCAAUGUGAAUCUUUCGAAAAUUGGUUCCACUGACACAAUCGUUGGGCCGAAUAAAGCAAUGAAAGCCCGAUCAUUCAAUAUGACAGAACAUGAUUUUUCGAUUACCGGAGUUUCUAGUUCUUUUGCGCCUGUCCCCGUCGUCAGUAGUGAUUUGACUAAUUCAAAGGAGAAAAUAGAAACAAUCGAUGUAGUUUGUCCACCAGAUUCUCCGAGUCCCAAAAGAAAAGUGAAGAAAGAAAAAUCUCCGGAAGAUUCUGAACCACCAAUCAGAUAUUUUGAAGCGAAAAAACAAAAAGAGAAGAAUGAGAAAAGACGAUCUUCUAGUCCAGUGAAAAACGAGAAAAAUGAGAAAUCAGGUUCCAAGAAGACUGUCGACAGUGAGGUUUUCGAUUCGGGACCAUUCAAAAAGGCGUACGCGAUGGGUCAUGCUGAUCACUCGACCGCUUCUCCAUUUGAAAUCUCCACCACUCCUAUCGAGGUCAACGAGUCGCGUGCUCACAGAACCAUUGAAAUUACCAACCGUGAUAAACCUCCUAUCGGCAAAGAUAAAUCAACGGGUUCAAAGAAGAAAUUCGGAAUUGCUGAUAAGAAUCGGCGAAUGACAGUUGCUCAUGUGGAUAUGGGACUCGCCAAUAAAGGAUCGACGGCUGUUGUUGGAGACGACUUUUGGUCACCACAGAAUUCGGAGAAAAAAGCUCUAAAACACAGAGCUCGUCUUGAGUCUCAAAACGAUGGAUGUCUGUCACCAUCUUCCUUGAAAUCUGUGUUGGACGAAAUUCAGACGGAACCAAGAUGCAAAUCUCCACAACUUGUCGAUUUGCACACCUUCAGAGAUGCAGUCGAUGUCAAUUAUCAAAGAAUGGCUAUUACUGGUGAAGAGCUCAGCGGUGUUCCUCUUGAAGAUCUGAAAACCGCUUCUGGACAUCUCAUUGAAGCUCUUCAUCUCCGCUCAAAAUACAUGGAACGUAUUGGAAACCAAUUCCCAUCUACAACUCGUAAUUUUCUGACUGGACAUUAUCCGAAUAAUUUGCCUAAACAUCGGGUCAAAAACACGGAAACAACCGUCCAAACUUCUUUCAACCCACCAGAUCCACCAAAGGAUCACUGGGGAAAGAAUGAUCCGUUGCCAAAAUACGAGAAGUAUUACAAGUUGAAACGUAAUCGUGGAGUGAUUGACAUUUGCAAUGAAGAUGGUACUAUUGACGAGCAGUUCAAGAACGUCUCGGUGACCAAAGAAGAAUUUUUGAAUGACACUGAGAAGUUGACUGCGAUGAUUGUCGAUGGCCCAUUGAAAUCCUUCUGUUUCCGUCGUCUGUCAUACCUCGAGAACAAGUUCCAACUCCAUGUUCUUCUCAACGAACUUCGUGAGCUCCACGAGCAGAAAGGAGUAUCUCAUCGUGAUUUCUACAACAUUCGUAAAGUAGACACUCACAUUCACGCUGCCUCUUCUAUGAAUCAGAAGCACUUGCUUCGUUUCAUCAAGAAGAAGAUAAAGACUGAAGCCGACACUGUUGUUCUCGAAAACAAUGGAACCAAAGUGACGAUGAAGGAGGUGUUCAAGAAGAUGGGAAUUGAUGCCUACGAUCUUUCAGUUGACAUGUUGGAUGUUCAUGCCGAUCGUAACACUUUCCACCGUUUCGAUAAGUUCAACACCAAGUACAACCCAGUUGGAGAAUCGACUCUCCGUGAAAUCUUCAUCAAAACUGACAACUAUGUCGGCGGAAAGUAUUUUGCUGAUUUGCUCAAAGAGGUGUUAUCUGAUUUGGAAGACAGCAAGUACCAACACGCGGAGCCAAGACUCUCGAUCUACGGACGCAGCAAGUCCGAGUGGGAUAGCUUGGCCAAGUGGGCACUCACACAUGAUGUUUGGAGUCCAAAUGCCAGAUGGCUUAUUCAGAUUCCACGACUUUACGAUGUGUACCGUCUUAAGAACAUGAUCAAGAACUUCGAUGACAUGCUUGACAAUUUGUUCACGCCACUUUUCGAGGUCACCAACGAUCCAUCUUCUCACCCAGAACUUCAUCUCUUCCUUCAACAAGUUUCUGGAAUCGAUUCAGUCGACGAUGAAAGCAAGCACGAGUUUGUUCAUUUCGAUCGAUCAACUCCAUGUCCACCGGAAUUUAGCGACGUGGAGAAUCCACCAUACAACUACUAUCUCUUCUACAUGUACGCCAACAUCUGCGCCUUGAACGCAUUCCGUCGUGCUCGUGGACUCAACACAUUCGCUCUUCGUCCACAUUGUGGAGAAGCUGGACACGUGUCUCACUUGCUCACCGGAUACCUGACCAGUGAAAGUAUUGCUCAUGGAAUUCUUCUCCGUAAAGUUCCAGUACUCCAAUACUUGUACUACUUGACUCAAAUUGGAAUUGCCAUGUCUCCAUUAUCCAACAACUCGCUCUUCAUCAGUUAUCAGAGAAAUCCUUUGCCAGAAUAUCUCCAAAAGGGACUGAACGUCUCUUUGUCAACGGAUGAUCCACUUCAAUUCCAUUACACCAAAGAAGCAUUGAUGGAGGAGUACUCGAUUGCUGCUCAAGUAUGGAAACUCAGUUCCUGUGAUAUGUGCGAGUUGGCCAGGAACAGUGUCAUUCAAAGUGGAUUUGAAGACAAGGUAGUCAAAAUUCAUUGGCUCGGACCAAACUACAGAGAGGAAGGAGUUCUUGGAAACGAUAUUCACCGUACCAACGUACCAGAUAUUCGUGUUAGCUUCCGUCACGAAGCUUUGGUUGAUGAGCUUUGCAAUCUUUUCCGUGUACAAAACACUCUUAAACACUAG